ACAUCAGCAACCACACGCUCGGCCAAGAGACGACGGCUUUCUUCUCCGAAUCCCUGCUCAUCCAUCCAUCCGCCGGAUCGCCUGCUUGCUCGGCUUCUCUGGGACCGUCUGCCCAUCUCCUCCGCCUUGAUAUCCUUCCGUGCAUCCGCCCUUCUCGCUCGCCCGCCAUGUCCUCGAAUGUCGUCGUUCAGAUGAACCAAAUCGGCUCCAAUGCCCACCGUCUGUACGUCCAGCGCCUCUACCGUCGAUCGCUCCGCCUCGCCGGCGACUGGUACUGGCAGCGCUCGGAUUUCCGCGAGAAGGCCUGCGUCAUCCGCGCCCACUUUGACGAAAACAAGCGUAUCACCAACCCCAAGCAAGUCGAGCGCAUCCUGGCCCAUACCGAGUUUCUCCUGGCGUCCUACUACCACCCUCAGCCUUAUAUCUCUCCUGCUGCUCCCGGCGGCUCCAAGUGGGAACGCAACAUUCCCUUCCCGGAAGAGCUCAUCAAGCGUGGUGUCACUCCCUUCGACAACUGCUGAUCGGCAUAACUGGGCGGCGACCGGCAGCUGCGCCGCUUGCUCACACGACGGCUACGAUUCCUGCGGCAAUAAAAGGCAGCAUCUUGAUUUCCUUCACCAACGACGUGCAAUUCCCUUCACUCGGGCCUACAUAUUGUUGGCACCCGACGAGAACGAGACAGGAGACAACGCUUCGCGAACACUCGCGUUGCUCACAGACAGUCGGCAUCACCCUUGAGUUGCCGGCCCGCUGGCGACCAUCCUGCUCCUGCAAGAGUUGGUUUGACAUUCCGCAGCAGAGCGUCCUUAUCACUCCC